CUGAGUUGUCUCCCUUGUGUGCCAAAAAAAAUAAACCAGGAAGCAAAUGAGAAUUUGAACUGGAAUUGAUCGCGAGUAAUGCAUUAGUCGCGCGUUGAAGAUAUUGAUAAGUGUAAAUCAUGUGAUUAUUUGAAGUUACCAGCGCGUAUCAGUGGGAGGAAUGCGUUAUAAACGAGGUUAGGUGUAUUUUGUAUAACGUUUUUAGAAGUUCACAAAAUCAAACAUGGCGACCUUGGGUUUUAGUAGUGUCAAUGGAUGCUUGCCUGCAGCAAACAUCAUGAGGUUUAUCGGCGAAAUGGAGAUUGGAAAAGUUGUCACUAUCUUCUACUCAAAAACAAAACCAGAACGAAGAACACUGCAGGUCAAACAAGAGACCAGUCAGCUGUUGUGGAUUCGAGCACAGGGUGUGAAACCAGAAGGAUCAAUCAUUUUCCGGGACAUAAAAGAAGUACGAAGAGUGAAGAAGUCAAAGGAUUUUGACAAGUGGUCAGAUGAAGCAAGACGACAUGAUGACAAAAAGUGUUUCGUAAUUUACCAUGGCAACGACUUUAAAUUGCGUACACUGUCAGUUGUUGCCGACUCCAUGGAUGAGUGUGCAAACUGGUGCAAGGGACUGGAGCUGUUGAUAGAAGGAGCUAGAGUGGCUUCACAUACCCUAGUGGUGGAAAGGUGGCUCAAUCGAGAAUUUAACAGCAUCAUAGAGAGAGAGAAGAGGGUGUCACUGAGGAACAUGAAAACCUGGACCACCAAGAUCAACUGUAAACUUACCACAAGCAAGUUGAGGGAGCUAUACCAGAACGUGGACCAACAAAGGAGGGGAGAGAUUGGAUUGGAUGAGUUUACAAAGCUCUACCACCAUUUGGUUCACGUGCCCACUGUAAUUGAUGAAUAUUUCAACAGUUUCAUGAAGAAGCUUCACACCGACCGAGUGGCAACUGUCGAGAAAAUGCAUGUCUUCAUACAGCAGGAGCAAAAGGAAAACCUGUCACAGAUGGAGGUGAAGCAGCAGAUGGAGGUGUUUCUUGAUGACAGAGGUCGAGAGAUUGCCAACCAGUUUUUCUUCAAUGAACAAGAGUUUAUUGACUACCUCUUUUCCAAACAAAACACAAUAUGGGACAGCAAGUAUGACAGUGUGACGCAGGACAUGGGUCGUCCUCUGACCCACUACUGGAUAGCGUCCUCACACAACACGUACCUGACAGGGGACCAGUUCUCCAGUGAAUCUUCAGUGGAGGCAUAUGCUCGCUGUCUGCAAAUGGGCUGCAAGUGCCUCGAAUUGGAUUGCUGGGAUGGGCCUGAUGGAUACCCAAAGAUUUACCACGGACAUACGCUAACCUCCAAUAUCCGCUUCCUAGAUGUGUUGAAAUGUAUAAAAGAACACGCCUGGUGUGUCUCUGAUUACCCGUUAAUCCUGUCCAUAGAGAAUCACUGUAAUCUGGGUCAACAGAGGAACAUGGCUAGUGCUUUCAAGGACAUAUUUGGUGAUAUGCUGCUUACAGAAGCAGUUCUUAAAGAAUCUUCAACGUUCCUGCCCUCUCCUGACCAGCUCAAACAAAAGAUUAUACUCAAGCAUAAGAAACUUCCCAGUGAUAUGUCCCAGGCUGACCCACAGGACUGCACUUUAGAUGAUACUGCCCGAGAAGGUGAUCUCAGUAAUUCUGUGAAGAAUGGCAUACUGUACCUGGAGGAUCCCAUUGAACAAAACUGGACUCCCCAUUUCUUUGUACUGACGGCCAACAAGUUGUACUAUAGUGAGGAGACAGCACAUCAGGAAGAGGAGGAGGAGGAGGAGGAAGAGGAGGUCAGUCGAGACAGAGAGAAAGAACUUCACUUUAGCGAGCCCUGGUUCCACAGCCGUCUACUUGAUGGUAGGAAAGACGCCGAGCAGAAAUUGAAAGACUACGAAUACCUUGGAGACGGAACCUUCCUUGUACGUGAGAGUGACACCUUCGUGGGAGACUUCUCUCUGUCCUUCAGAUGGCAAUCGACAAUCAACCACUGUCGUAUAAAAUCAAAACAAGAAAUGGGACAGUCGAAGUACUACCUGAUUGAAGGGACCAUGUUUGACAGCCUCUACAACCUGAUAAUGUACUACCGCACCCACCCACUCAAGGGCAACACAUUCUCAAUGACCUUGAGGGAGCCUGUUCCCCAGCCCCAGAGUCAUGAGGGAGCAGAGUGGUAUAAUGCCAAUGUGGAUCGUAAGGAGGCUGAGAGAAUGCUCACCAUGAUACCAUACGACGGAGCAUUCAUGGUCCGAACAAGUGAUAAACGCAGUGAGAAUGACCAGUCCACCUAUGCCAUCUCCUUCAGGGCGGAAGGAAAGAUCAAGCACUGCCGUAUCCGUCAGGAGGGGCGCCUGUUCACCAUAGGUGAUGCAGAGUUUGAGAGUCUAACUGAGCUUGUACACUACUAUGAGAAAAACCCACUAUAUAAGAAGAUGAAACUGCGAAAACCGGUCAACAGUAAGGUGGUGGAGGAGGAAGGGCAGGCCUCGGCAAUGGCUGCAGAGGAGCUCUAUGGGGAGGGUAUCUAUCACUUCCCGAAUGCUUACACCUCUCAGGUAACGGUAAAGGCUUUACAUGACUACCAGGCCAACUGCGAGGAUGAGCUGACCUUCUACAAGGGCUCCAUCAUCUACAAUGUCAACAAGCAGGAUAGUGGAUGGUGGCGUGGAGAUUAUGGUGAGAAGCGUCAGUACUGGUUCCCAGCCAACUAUGUGGUGGAGCUGGAGUCCAAGGAUGAGUCCACAGAGAACACGCCGCUUGGCAACCUGCAGAAGGGCGUCAUUGACGUCACUGGAUGUAUAACAGAGGUGGUUCAGGCCAGAGGCAACAAGCCUUGCUGUUUCCGCAUCUACAGUCCGUCCAUCCCAGGGUCUGGUCACCUGGAGAUCGCGUGUGACUCUGAGAGUGACAUGAAGGACUGGGUAGAGAACAUACGCUUGUGUGCUGACAAUCUCCAGGAUCAGAAAAAAGCCGAGGCAACAGUAAAGAAGCAGAUAGAAAGACGCAACAUGAUAGCCCAGGAGUUUUCAGACCUGAUUGUUUAUUGUGUAGCUGUGCAGUUCAAUGAAAAGUUUCAAGGUUCUGGCAACUGCGUCGAGAUGUCCUCCUUCCAGGAGACCAAGGCAGAGGGUCUGUGUAGCAAGUCCAAGGCUCUCCAGUUUCCUACAUACAACUACCGUCAACUCAGUCGGGUUUAUCCAAAGGGGUCCAGAAUUGACUCGUCCAACUACAACCCUAUCCCGAUGUGGAAUUGUGGGUCUCAGCUCUGUGCACUCAACUACCAGACGGCUGACUGGCCCAUGCAAGUCAAUCAGGGACGCUUCCUCAUGAAUGGAAUGUGUGGUUACGUAUUACAACCAGACUGCAUCUGGUCUGAAGGCUACAGUCCAUUUGACAAGAGGUCUGUGAAAGUGGAUCCUAUGACCAUCUCUGUCACGGUGAUUGGGGCUCGGCAUCUGAUGAGGCCGAAACAGAAAUUGGGCAAUCCCUUUGUGGAGAUUGAGAUUGUGGGGCUAGACUGUGAUAACAACAAGUGGAAGACAUUGUCCACACAAAUGAAUGGGUUGAACCCAGUUUGGUCCAAGCAAACCACAGAUUUUGACAUCCACUGUCCCGAUCUUGCUUUGAUACGGUUUGUGGUGAACGACGAAGACACGUUUGGGGAACCAAAAUUUCUUGGACAAGCCACAUUCCCUGUAAAGUGCUUGAGAACAGGCUAUCGAAGCGUGCCCUUGAAGAAUGAGUACAGUGAGCCGCUGGAGUUGUCUGCCCUGCUUGUUCACGUUGACAUACGCAACCCUCAGGAGGAGGACAAUGAUAUCUACUCGUGCCUGCAAGAUUUGCAAGAUCAGCGUGAGGACCUAAGCUCACGGAUAGCCGAGCUCGAGCUCAACGGAGACCUCCGCCAGGCUCAACAGGUCCGUCAAGUUCUGCAGGAAACGGAGGCAACCAUCGUGAAGAAGAACCAGGAACGCCAACAUAGGAAGCUAUUGAAUUAUCUGAAAUCUGGCAAGAUUGGUUACCAGGGAAACCAGAAUGUUGCACCAAAUCUCAAGCGAUUUAGUGUCACCUCCGUUUGAAAUACAUCCAAAAGAGUAGUGUACCGGAGAACGUCUACAAGUUGAACAACAACAACAACUAGUUUAUAAGUAGAUACCAUUAAUUCAUAUAACCUUUGUGAUUCAUGACCAUGGUCAUAAUUGAAAACAUCCACUUUCUUUAAGAUGCCAAAAUCAAACGUUUUCAUCAAUUAAGGAUGAGAAGUAACAGUGAUGAAGUCUAUCAGACGUUUUUUGUCCUCAUGUGCUUAAUGGCGUUGCAUGGCUGAAGAGGAGAGCUUGAAAUAAUGUUGAAGUAUUACUGUGCAAAAGACCAAUGGCAACAAACCAAAGAAAUGGGCAGUUUGUGUGAGUUGUUAGUGAUCAAAUGCCUUGUUGUGUAUCUGAAUUAAAAAUGGCAUGUUUGUUACUCAAUUGAAUAUUGUUCAUUUUGUUUAGAAAUUUUAGAAGCAGAAAAUACAAUAAUUUUUUGCCAUAUUCCUGAGCUAAAGACUAAUCCUGGAUUUGAUAAACUUGUUUAAUCAUUAAUUAAUGUACAUUCAUUCAUAUCACUAAAAUACAUGUUUUUUUAAAUAUAUAAUAGACUUUAAUGUUGUGGAAAGUCUACUGUAUUGGCCUGAACAAGUAUUUGUUUAUUAUAUCCCUUUAAAUGGGUUUUUAUAUAUCUAAAAUAAUCACUGUCUUCACAUAUAUAAUGCCAUAACCAUGAGUUUUCGUCCAAUUAAAAUUUGCUAUUAAGUAUAUGUUGUUUAUAUCCUUUUUUAAAUUUAAAUUGUAUGUUUCAAACCUAUUUGUGCAUGAAAGUUGAUAAAGUUGUUAAAUAUAUGACGAGGGUUGCGGAUUUUUUCAGUGAUUCACAAUCUUGGAAUGCUUUGAAUGUUUAAAGAAUUAGACUUAUAGAAUCAUCAGAAUAAUUACAUACCCAGUAAGACGAAAAUAAAAUCUUUACAGACUUGUUCACAGUUUGGUAAACUGAUGAUUUUCAAAAUAAUUGUCAUAGAUUAAAAAAAGAAUGUAUACAUUAUAUUUUAAAAUCCAAAUAACACUCUUCACUAGCAAAAAUGUUUAAAAUAUUGGUUCAUCUACAUUUUUCCUUGAUAAUUUGGAAAAUGUUCUACUUGCAUUUUCUUUAUACAUGUAAUUUGCUGAUACAUUAUACUGCCUGCAUUGUUUAGUGGAAGCAUACUAGCUUUUACUUUGAGACAUUUGGGGUUUCAAUCCACUUGAACUUUCUUUCGUGCUAUUAUAAUAAGUAAAGACUAUUUGACACAUUGUAGAAUAAAUUGUGUUCAUAACAUAUUUACUGGGUAGUGGCUUUACGGAGAUCUGUGAACAAGUCCCUGUAAACAGGUUAAGUAUCAAACUGUUUAAGAGAUAUCUAUGAAACUAGAAUAGAGAUAUAAAUUUACUUAUUCAAUACUGAAGUCCACAGAGCAGGUGUAGUAAAAUGACCACAUUUGUACUUGUUUGUUUAAUGCCCAGUAAUUAUAUGGAACAUAAUUAUGGUACUAGAUGUACUGUAUGAAUAAACAUUUCAUCAGUAACAAGAAUUGCUCUCUAGGUCUCUUCAAUUUAUGUACAAAAAUGCAAACAAUACAAGACAAAUAUUGUGUAGUUUAUGUUUAUGCCCAAUUUGUGUAAUCCCCAAAAGUAUAGUGACCAAAAUGUGUAGCACCAAAUUAUGAAUAGUGACCAAUCUUUGUGAAGUGACCAGAGUUCAUCAUGGCUAUUGUGUUCCACUGCCCAUACAAAGACGCCAAAUGCUUACAGGUUUUUUUUUGCCCGAUUUUAUAGCCGAAAUUUGGCUAUGUUCCCAAUCCCAAAAAGUAUACUUUUUUCCCAAAAUGUGGCAAAAAAUUCCCAAUUGCCAAAAAAAAAAUAAUUUUUUUUUUGUUUUUUUUUUGAAAGAAGUCUUGUGUGUAUUUUAUCUCAAUUUCAAUUCAAUUACAUCUAAGAAAGUAUUAUAUGAUUUUUUUCUUUUAAUUUGAAUGAUUAUAAAGAGUUAAAUCAAAUUUAGUAUUUCCCUAAUCAGUGGACUUUUGUGUGGAAAAAAAGGCUAAUGAAUUAAUUUUCCCAAUUUCAUGAAAAUGCCGAUAAAAUUCCCAAUUCCAAAGCCAUGGGCUAUCUUCCAAAAAAGUGGAAAAAAAAACCUGGCUUAUUACUGCUUGGAAAAAACUUAUGAAAGUAUCAUGAGAUUUCAUUAAGAAAACAAAUUGCGUGGUGUUUCCAUGAGAUUGUAUCAUUUUGUUUACAGCAAACUUCGUUUCCUUGGUAUUUGUAUCAUUUUUCAUUCACAUAAUUUGUUACUAGUUCGGAACAGUAUGUAUUUAUCACACUUGAUCAAAACAGUGUUCAUAAAAUAAAAGUAAUACUAGUCUUGACACGCAUAUUUCAUACCCUUAUCUUACAGCCACAUUUGUACAAGAUUGUUGUUCUGUGCUCUAUACUACAAAUGUUAUUCUAUGUGCCAUCAAAGAUGGAAGAAACGUACCCUGGAUAGUAUUUUUUUUUUUUAGGAGCCCAAUAUAUUCAAAUAAUUAUAUAAAAUCAUGUUUAACGAGAAAAAAAUUGACAAAGAGCCAUGAAAAAAAUCCCCACCCUCUGAUAUUGGAAUCAUAACAAGGUCAUUAACUAGAAUUUAUCAUAGACCUGUCUUUGCGGGCUGCAAAAAAGUAGCUUUAAUCAAAAGCAUCCAUUGAUCCUCCUAUGGGUAAUUUGGUAACCUUUCAAAAAAAGUUCACUUAAAAAAAAUCUGUCCAGCCGUUAACUCAGUCGGUCGAUAACCAAGCAAUAUUUCCAGUCAGUAUGUCAACCCGAAUAAAUCUUAGACAGACUUUCAAACAAUAUUUUUGAGUUUUUUGCCCCUUAAUCGAUAGCUCGCGUCCUAUUCCUUUAAAACAACGAGGCGUGUCAAAUUAUGCAUGCAUAUGCAACCACUUACCCCUAAAAACUAAUUCCAAUACAAUCAGAAUGAUAAGUAUUUUUCAUUUACAUUUAUUUAAACAUCGUUGUUAUUGUUGAUUGGAUAUUUAUGUGCCUGACUCUGUCAGUAUAAUUCACAAGCUGGGUUCAAGAGCGAUGGCUACUUUCGUUUUCAAGUAAAUCAAAUUUAGAGUUAAAACAGUUGUUGCAAAGAAAAUAUAACAUUUUGGAAUUAGUUUUUAGGGGUAAGUGGUUGCAUAUGCAUGCAUUAUUUGACACGCCUCAUGUUUCUGCAUACAAAUAAAAACAUAUUAACCAUUUAAGCAAUAUUUGCUCGUAUAAAGCAUUUGUAAUAAUACAUCGACACAAAAUAGCCCCGUGUCAUAAGAAAAUCUGCAUGUAAGGAAUUGCCAUAAGUAUUCCCUAAUGAGCUUUUGUGACUACUGUGUAUGGGUCCUUAUGAAUGUCAUAGAAUUUACAAGUUAAUCAACCCAUUUUUACUUAAGUGUCAUUGUCAGCUAUGAACCUUCAUAGGACUUUGCUAUUACUUUGUUAAUUAAAAAAAAAAAAAUUUAGUUACCUCCAAUCAUUUAAUUUUAUAAUAUAGCUGCAUGUGUAAAUGAUAAAGUUUAAACUUAGUUUAGUGUUGUUAAUUAGUUGUUUCUGCUUUAUCUGUUCAGGUAUUAUUAAUCCUCGUAUGUAUAUUAAGCUCUUUUUACCAAUGAAAGAGAAAUUGUUAUAUUGUUUAUGUGUUGUGUCUGUGCUAUUUUCAGUUCUAUAUUACUAAUUGCAAAUAAAAGUUUUAACGGA